AUGGCGUCCUCAUCCCGAGACAAACUUCGCGACAUGAUCACGACGCGAUAUGUGAGGAGCGCGACGGACGUGGAAAGAGAGAAGCACGAAGUGGAGACUGUCCGAGCGGGUUCUUCGCUGCUACAGCCACAGCACUCAGAUCGCUGCAAGGAGGACGUGAUCGAAGAGGCCGGAGAAGACGUCGUUCUCUCCGAGGGCAACAACUAUCGGCCGAUUCAUCGAAUCCACGAAACGCCGAAGCUGGUGGCGAAGAGGGCGACGAGCAUCAUUCGUGACGAAGCGGCCAAAGUGCUCCAUGUGAUCCAGAAUACUCCGAUCGAGAAGAUUCGCAAAGAGCGCUACGACUACUACAGCCAACGAUGGUUCCACACGACAAGGGGCAGCGAGAUGGAGCUCAUAGAGUACGUGCUCCUUCAUCCGAAUCAUCGACCGUUUUUCUUCGCGAUGCAGUGCAGACAUCUCGAAAUCGAAGACGUCUCUCGCCUCGUCUUGGUAAACUGUUCCAGUCGAAACUCUUCACAAAUACGCGAAUUUUUUCAGACGUCGUUGCUCUCGGAGCCACGAGAAAGAGGGCAAUGCCUGGCCCGAUUCGCAAUCAAAACGACCAUCGACAUGCCGUUCCGAGUACUUUUCAGUCUUCUGGAGACGAUGACGGCGGAGAACGACGGAUUCCAACUGACGGACGGUGUCGUUCACGCCAUGCUCAAAGAAGCGGGGGUUCGUUUGAAUCACCACUGGAAAAUCUCUAAGGUUCUAAAAUUUCCAGGGUAACUCGCGACGUCUUCAAACUGACAAAUGCAAGGAGUACGGAGAGUUGGAGCCGGAACUCGACGAGAAGCGACUGAUGACGUCGAGAGCCACGCUGACGUGUUCGGUUAAAGGGAAGCGGCACGUGCAGAUGCAGGUCACCUACUAUAACAACGCCGGAAGACUUGAUAUGAAUGGCCGACACACCAGGAACAGAGUGAGUUUGACCGACAACACUUCUGCUCGCUAAACUGUUUUUCUUAGUACAUCGAGCUGGAACAGACGGUCAAAUGCAUGAACCGGCGAGUGCAGAUAGCAGAACAAUACAACAUUCUCGUGGAAUACGAUAUUGAGGACGAGAUGACGCCGUUGCGAAUGGGAGCGGCGCCGGUGGACGACCUAAUCGAGUACCUCGCCUCCGGAUUGCUGGACGACGAGUGA